AGUAAGGGUUACUGCAAGGUGGAAGUGUUCAGGAGUACCGAAUAGCCCUUACUGCAGGCGCAUUAGCAAUUUUCUGGUUCUUCACUGCAGAAUGGUCAGCACUCAACCAGAUUUAGUAGAUAACGAAAGGUUAAUUAAAAGAAAAGAUUGCCCUUGAAGGGUUCAUCAAUGUUAUGUCCUUUUAGCUCCAAGAAGCUGGGAUGAUGAAACCCUACCGAACUGCCUUCAGAAGCCAAUAUAUCUGGCCUUUCUACCUGCACAUCACCUAACCAUCUUUUGAGCAGCGCAAACCGAAUGAAUGCACUUUAUUAACAAUUGCCCUCCACACCCUCCAUUACAAGGCAAUGCAAGAGGUGCUUGAAUUGCAGGGUAGUAGCUAGCUUGUUAGCAGGUAGGAAGUGGAGAUAUAGAAGGUGAGGUGAGAUCCAUGAUCGAAAAAGUAAGGGCAAAUUAAUCCAAAUGAAGCUUGCUUCUAUGAUACUUGCAGUACUCUCAUCUUAUUCAGCAUUAUUAUUGCUGCCCAAUCUUCCCAUUUCCACCGCUAGCGUCGUCCCUGCUUUCGCUAGACCUUCUUCGCCUUUCCGUCCUCUGUGUGUCUCCCAGCUAGCCCUGGCCAACUAUGCCUGCGCCAGCGUCAUCCCCACCCUCCCCUUCACCGACCCUCCAAUGCCAACUGCCACCUCCAUUCCCCAGCCCUCCGAGAUUCUCUUCCACCUGGCAGCCACGGAGGAUGGUGGCCGCCGUAACAGGGAUCCUACAACAGGCCGGGAAGGGGAAGCCCUAGGAGGGAGAGGGAGUAACGAUGAUGAUGAUGAUCGACAGAAACGACGACAUCAUCGCUCAUCUUCUUCUUCUUCUUCUUCUUCUUCUACUUCGCGGGAUGAACGUGGGUCUGGAGGGCGGAGAGAUGGGCACAGGCACCGCCGUGGGAGGCAUAGUAAUAAUGGGCAUGGAAGGCGGCGAGGGGAUGAUGAUGAUAACGAUGACGAUGAAGAGGGUGGUGGUGGGAUGGAGAGAGAUCAGAGGCCGGCUUCACCGGCGGAGAACAACUGCUGCAAGUGGGUUGGGGAUGUGGACGAUGAGUGCGUGUGCGAGCUGCUGUUCCGGCUGCCCACUUUCUUGGCUCGACCCAUCCAUGAGUACACCAUCAUUGUGAGCGAGUGGUGCAAAAUCACUUAUUCUUGCGGCGGAAGGCCUAGACCAUGAUUAAUACAUUGAAUGAGUUAUUGAUCCCCUCCCAUCCCAUAACAUCUGCACAAGUACGGAUAUUUAGUCCACGGGCACAUAGAACACCGUGACUUCCAGUCGGCUGAUAAUCCGAUUCAAGUUACAUCAACAUCUGGAUUGAACCUUCUUCCCAAAGAUGUUAUUGUUUCCUGAUUUUGGUGCUUAAUUUGCCGCGAAUAAUGUUGAGAUCUAUAGAAAAGCUACAACGUAGCUAGGGUUUAGGAGAAGAUGAAGAUAAGAAGAAGGUAGAUUUUUUUUUUUUUGACGAAAAAGGUGGUGGAAUGAAAACCCGUAAUGCGG